AUGUCACUACCCCAUCAGUGUACACCUCUUGUAUUAAUUACCGGUGCGACAGGGUUCAUCGGCUCACAAGUCGCCCUCGUAUCCCUCCGGGCAGGAUACCGGGUGCGACUGGCGAUCCACAAACCGGAGCAGGAAGCCGUUCUACGAGCCCGUUACCCUGAUUAUAACGCCCAAAUUGAAAUCUCUAUCAUUCCAAAUAUCACAAUCCGAGACGCAUUUGAGUCUGCUCUUGAUGGCGUGGACUACGUUUUCCACCUGGCUUCACCGAUGCCAGGUCACGGUUCCGAUCUGCAGGCAGAGUAUCUCGACCCCGCCGUCAAAGGCACCGAAUCCGUUCUCUUUUCCGCUCUAGCAUUCCCUCAGAUCAAGAAGGUGAUUAUUGUAUCCUCGGUACUGGGCUUAACACCCCUUACUGCUCUGCGCGAAAAGGAAGUAUUCGUGAAAGACAACACCAACGAGACCAUCCCAAUUGAUAUACCCACAGUUAUACCUGAAGGCCCCCGUGGACACGGCUUAAAAUACCACGCCUCUAAGAUCCGCGCUCACCAAGCCACGCGGGACUUCCUGGCCAGUCAGAAUCCACACUUUACCAUCAUCACUUUCCACCCGACUUUUGUUCUCGGCGAAAGUCUCAUCCAGAAAACACCAGAGGGAAUAGAUGGAAUAAACGCACUCUUCUGGGAUUGUCUGCAUUCCGAGAAGCCAACCAUACCGAACGUGUGGGUGGAUGUUCGUGAUGUGGCGGAGGCGCAUAUUCGGGCUCUUAAGGCGGAGAUCCCAUCUGGCACGGAGUUUCUUUUGUCGGCACCGGCGGCAUCGUGGGAGGCAGCGGGGGAACUGGUGAGGCGGAAUUUCCCUUCUGUUGGCUGCAAACUGCAGGGGCCGAUCGAAGGGGGGUGGACAGUUGAUACAAAGACUGCGGAGAGGAUUCUGGGAAUGCAUUGGAGGCGGCCAGAUGAGAUUGUCGAAGCGGUGCUAAAGCAGCAGUUGAAGUUGAGGGGAGCUGAAGCUUCCCUGUAA